AUGGUGGACGAAGACGAUGUAGAUGGCCAGGACGCUGCCACAAUUGGCGAACCAGAGGUGGAGGACGAGGAGGAAGCCGUGGAAGAGCAGGAAGAAGUAGUAGAAGAAGAGGAGGAGGAGGAAGAAGAAGAAGAGGAGGAGGAGAGCUCGGACGAGGAGCAGGUCGAAAGCAGUGUCCAAGCCGACAUGGACAGGCUGCAGCAUGAUUUCCCCGGGUUUCGAGAUCGGUAUCGGCUGAUCAAGCGUAUUGGAGAAGGUACAUUUUCCACCGUCUUCAAGGCCGAGGACAUCCACUACGACAGAUACGACAACAGCUGGGAUCACGAAGACGACUUGUCAAAAUGGGCGUCUCCUCCUCUCAAGGGCCGAUCGAGCCAGUCCCGCUCUCCACGGAAGCGAGCGCGUUAUGUUGCUAUAAAGAAGAUCUACGUCACAUCCAGCCCGGCCCGCAUCCUCAACGAGCUGGAGCUGCUUCACGACCUGCGACAGUGCCCUUCGGUCUGCCCUCUCAUCACCGCCUUCCGCCAUACCGACCAAGUCGUUGCCAUACUCCCCUACUUCCGACACGGCGACUUUCGAGCCUACUUUCGCGAGAUGACGAUUCCUGACAUUGCCAUUUAUCUUCGAUCGCUCUUCACGGCUCUCAAGAGCGUACACGAGCACAAGAUACUACACCGAGACAUCAAGCCUACCAACUUCCUCUACGAUCCCACAACCCAGCACGGCGUCCUCGUCGACUUUGGCCUGGCCGAGCGAGAAGGCACCGACAGCAAGCAGUGUCUGUGCCACGAGACAAGAGAAACGCGAAAACAUCGCCAGGCCUCCUCCGUCUGGGCGCAGACCUCCAUGACCACCCAGCCGGGCUACCCAAAAUCCGACACGCGCCCCUCCCGCCGUGCCAAUCGGGCGGGAACUCGAGGCUUCCGCGCCCCUGAGGUGCUCUUCAAGUGCACGGAGCAGACCACGGCGAUUGACAUCUGGUCAGCUGGCGUCAUACUCCUCACCAUACUGUCCAAGCGAUUUCCCUUUUUCAACUCCGCCGAUGACGUCGAGGCAAUGAUUGAGAUUGCGACGAUAUUCGGGACUAAGCGGAUGAAGGCGGCCGGACUGCUGCACGGCUGCGUCUUCGAGACCACGAUACCCACCAUUGGCCAGCAGGGCUUCACCAUGGAGAAGAUUAUCCUGUGGAGCACGUGCAGGACGGAAGACAAGCCGUUGACCCCUGACGAGAAACUGGCGAUUCGAUUUCUGGAGCGAUGCAUGGAGCUGGAUCCGAGCCGACGCAUCACGGCGCAGGAGGCUCUGGAUCAUGAGUUUUUGAACAUUGGGAUGGCAUCCCAGGAGACUGCUGACGAAGACGAGGUCGACAUGCUGCCGGCAUGA